UAUAUAAAUAUAUAUAUAUAUAUAUAUAUAUAUAUAAUAUAUAUUUAUAUAUAUUAGAUAAACAAUAUGAUUUCGAUUUGAAUUGUUUUUGUUUAUUUAUUUUUUUUAUUUUUUGCGUUUAGAAAGUAAUUAUCUUAUUAUGGUUUUACUGCAACAGUCAUUACACGAACGUUUGGUUGCAUUUGUUUCAAUUUGUCCGGAAACUUUAGAUGGCGACCAAAGUGUGUACAAACGGAUUGUUGACCAGUUGGAAGAUCUACAACGAUUUCACCAAGAGUUGAUACGAACAGCAGAAAGUGGCGUCAGCGAAGACCCUAAAACGUUCGAAAGUAAACAAAAGGAAGAUUUGGAGAGCAUACAAAAUGUAACAUUCAAAUCAAUAAAAUCCCUUUUGAAUGUAUUUGAGAGUAUGUGUUCACAGUAUCGUCAAAAUAUAAUAUCAGAAAAACCAUGUGUCUCUAAUCACAUAAAUGAAAUUGAACUUCAAACUAAAGCCGAUUCACUAGCAAUCACUCAUCACGUACAAAAUGCGAUACAUGAAUGCAUUAGAACUAAAAGUAACAUUACUAGAAUCGUCAUGAAUCACGAUCGUGUCAGACACACAAACGGAACAAUCGUGAUAAAGUGGGAUUCAUGUUGUGGAAAUAAUACAAAAAAUAUAUUAAAACAAUUAGAAAGGCAAAAACAGUAUUAUGCAGACAUCAUUAUCGAACUAAAAAACAGAAUACUGUCAAUAGAGGAAGAAAAUCAGACAACGUUUGCUGUGUUUUCUCAAAAAAUGAGUAACGCGAUGAACCUUCAAAUGAAAUGUGAUUGUAUACAAAUAGUAUGCGAAACUUGUUCAAAAGUAUACAUCAAAGUAUUGAAUUACGAAGAUAUUUGCCAGCAAACUGGCAAGAAUUUGACUAUAAAAAUUGAAGACUGUAAAUCAGAACUUUCUAUGGCCGAAGAAAAACGAAAUUCAAUAUUGUCGGAAUGGAAUGAUUUUCAAACCCAAUCAAACGAAAUAUCAGUUAUUUUAGCCGAUAGCAUUAACAAAUACAUUGAAAUGAAUGAUUCAUUAGAAGUACUAAUACAACAAAAAGCCAAGCAACUACACCAUUUGAAUAAUGACAUCCAUAAAAUCAAAAAAUCAAAACUACGAUUAAAAAAAAAAAAAACUUUCGGAGAAUUAAUCCUACAAAAACUAAAUAUUGCAUUGAUGGCUUUAGAGAAAUCAAAAGACACGUGUAGAGCUCGGACUAACGAACAAGACGCGUACAAAAGAAAACUAAUGUCUUCGAUAAAAAUCUUGGAUGAAAACAUCGAGAAACUUACAAACAAGAUGAUUUCUGAAUUCAAUAAAGUUUUUAUUGAGAAUUACAUUAGUAAUCUUGUAGUAUCUGAAUUUUAUUCAGCUCAAAAUGUGAAAUUAAAAAUACCAAAUGUUUUGUUUGACGAGAUGACAAUAAAAAUAAGUGAAUUGGAGAUUGAAACAAACAAUCUGCGAAGAUUAAACGACACGAGUGUAGACAUGUUAAAACAGAAAAGAAAAAAAAGAAGAGAACACGAAGAAAAUCAAACGAAAAUAUUAAAUUUAGAAGUAAAUGAAAGACGAAAGUUAUUGGAAACGUGUAAUAAAAAAAUAGAAAACGCCAAGGUUAAUAUAUCACGAUGUAAAGACCUUUUCACGGAAGCCGUUCAUGUGGACAACGGAUUAGAGGACUGCAUCAAAGGGUUGUCGAACUGUUCACGAAAUUUAAUGAUUGAAAACCAUGGGAAAACUCUAGUGAAAAUAAUAGAAGAAGAAAAGGAAGUGUCUUCGUCUAACAAGCUUAACUGCAUGUGUUUGUGACAACUGAAGGGAAAUUUAAGGGAUGACAACGAACCGUUCAAACGUAAUAAUACAAUGUAGAACUUUGUGGAAAUGAAAUGACCAUUAUAGCAAAGUCACAAGUCAAGCGUAGUUUUUUAUUGAUUAAAAACCGAUGUGUAUACCAAACA